AUGUAUCUGCCCCAUUAUGGCGUCUCCGAGUAUGGUCAGCCCCAUUAUGGCGUCUCCGAGUAUGGUCAGCCCCAUUAUGGCGUCUCUGAGUAUGGUCAGCCCCAUUAUGGCGUCUCCGAGUAUGGUCAGCCCCAUUAUGGCGUCUCCGAGUAUGGUCAGCCCCAUUAUGGCGUCUCCGAGUAUGGUCAGCCCCAUUAUGGCGUCUCCGAGUAUGGUCAGCCCCAUUAUGGCAUCUCCGAGUAUGGUCAGCCCCAUUAUGGCGUCUCCGAGUAUGGUCAGCCCCAUUAUGGCGUCUCCGAGUAUGGUCAGCCCCAUUAUGGCGUCUCCGAGUAUGGUCAGCCCCAUUAUGGCGUCUCCGAGUAUGGUCAGCCCCAUUAUGGCGUCUCCGAGUAUGGUCAGCCCCAUUAUGGCGUCUCCGAGUAUGGUCAGCCCCAUUAUGGCGUCUCCGAGUAUGGUCAGCCCCAUUAUGGCGUCUCCGAGUAUGGUCAGCCCCAUUAUGGCGUCUCCGAGUACGGUCAGCCCCAUUAUGGCGUCUCCGAGUACGGUCAGCCCCAUUAUGGCGUCUCCGAGUACGGUCAGCCCCAUUAUGGCGUCUCCGAGUACGGUCAGCCCCAUUAUGGCGUCUCAGAGUAUGGUCAGCCCCAUUAUGGCGUCUCAGAGUAUGGUCAGCCCCAUUGA